AUGCGGAUGGGGGUGCGGGACGCGCGGCGGGGUGCCCCGCGGAGGGGCCCCGCGGAGGAGCCGGUCCCCCCACCCCCGCCCCGCGCCCUUACCUUCCUAGAGGCCCGCGCUCUCCCCUCGUCGGGCGGCCGCAGCCCUGAGCAUGUCCGGGGCGGGUGCGGGGCCGUGCGGGGGACGCGGAGCCAGGCGCCUCAGCGGGCGGCACCACCCAGCCCGGGCUCAGCCCCGCUCCGCGGCCGCUGCCAUCUUGUCCCGGCGGCUGAGAGGAAACGGCGAGACACCCACCCUCGACCGCGGCGGCUGCUGCUGCUGCUGCUCAGGCUGCGGAGCGCCGGGCCCGUCUCCCUCAUCUUCCUCCCAGGGAGCUGGGUGGGGUCGGUGGGCCGGGGCGGCGGGUGGGUGCGAGGCGGGCCGGGCGGCCUCCGCCUGCGGGGCCUACGGGAGGCGCGGGGUGCGGGGCCCGCGGCGGGCGGGGCCCAUUCCUGA